ACCUUUGAAACAAUUUUAUACAGAACAUUACAACAACUAAUGGAUUUAAAUUCCGUCAUAUGUAUUGGAUAUUCACAUUUCGGAAUUAAGACUAUACAGGUUCAGUUAAUUUCGGUCAAAUCAGUAUUACCAUGCCACCAAUUUCAACAAAGGUAAUCACAUCAGAACCAAUAAUAUGCCAGAAUUUCUGAAAAUAAUAGGGCAUGCAUAUUAUCGAGCCCGGGGACCUAAAAGGUGCAUCUGAAAAAGGGCUUUUUUUUUACAAAAAAUAUUGUCCGUUAGCUUUCAAAAAAAAAUGUUCAUUAUUAAUCCUUCAUUAGUUUAAUUAUCCCUCCUUAAAUAUUCACGAUUUGAAACAAAAGCGGGAAAAAAACAUAAAAAAAAAAGAAAGAGAAAUCCCCCCAAAAAACCUCUCAUGCUUUCUGCCAAACAGCCACGUGAUCACAUAAUCAUUAAUAAACAAAUUCACUAAACAACCAUAAUUAAAAAAAUUUACCCCACUCAUCAAAAUGACCAACAUACCCUCAUCAAAACCUCACUCCUAAUACACCAUAAUUCGUUCGUAGGGGUAAAUAUGUCAUUCUGACCAAAAACCCAUAAAUUGAGCGCCGUAGCCGCAACAACGUAAAUUCAAAUUCCCGCUUAUUUUGAAGUUUCAAAAUCACCACCCUAAAUAAAUUUAACCCAAAAUCACUGUUUUUCUAAUCACCUCCUUUAUUCUUCUUUCUUGUUUCUCCCCCAAAUUUCCUACUUUCCUCUUCGCCCCCGCCAAUCCCUAAUUUCAACGGUCCUUUGAAUCUUCCCUUUAUCUCCCAUCUUUUUCUGGGUUGCUCUAAUUUUUCUUCAAUUUUUCUGGGUUGUUGUUGGAUUUUUCUGGGUCUAUUUUAUUUGUUUCGGUGAAGUGAGGAGAGAGAAAGUUUUGAAGUGUCUUUAAUGGCGACCUCACCACCUUCAUCUGCUCCAGAAGGUUCUGGAUCUAGGCACCAUACUUACAGUAGGAAGCAGAAAUCUUUGGGUCUAUUAUGUUCCAAUUUUUUGAGCUUGUAUAAUCGAGACGGGGUUGAAUCUAUUGGACUGGAUGAUGCUGCCAAUAAAUUAGGAGUUGAGAGACGGCGGAUCUAUGAUAUUGUCAAUGUUUUGGAAAGUGUUGGGGUGUUAGCAAGGAAGGCAAAAAAUCAGUAUACAUGGAAGGGCUUUAAAGGAAUUCCCAAAGCUCUUGCUGCGCUUAAGGAAGAAGGUUUGAGGGACAAUUUUGGCUCUAGUGGAAGUGGCAAAAUGAAGUUUCAUGUUUUUGACGAUGAUGAGGAUACUAAUUCUAAUCCUGAUACUAUAAGUCAGCCAGAAGCACCAAGCAACAAUGCUAAUUCAAAGCCUGACAAUAGAAGGGAGAAGUCAUUGGGGCUUUUGACACAGAACUUUGUCAAGCUGUUCAUAUGCUCUAAUGUUGAUCUUAUCUCGUUGGAUGAAGCUGCAAAGAUCUUGCUUGGUGAUGGUCACAACAGUACAGUAAUGCGAAAUAAUGCAGCCAAAGUCAGACGGUUGUAUGAUAUUGCCAACGUGUUGUCCUCCAUGCAACUAAUUGAAAAGACUCAUCAAACAGAGACCCGAAAGCCAGCCUUCAGGUGGUUGGGCUUAAAUGAAAGGAGGGAGAAUACUAUAUGUGGUGUGCCUAUGUCGACUGAGACUAAGAAAAGGGCAUUUGGAACUGAUGUUACAAACAUCAGUUUCAAAAGGAGCAAGGUUGAUUUUUCAGCUAAUGAGGAAGGAAAGCAGCUCAAGCUGCAGGUAAAAACAGAAAAGGUUGAAAAUGAGUUUCAUACAAACCCUGCUGAGCAGAAUGCAAGACCAAGAAGCUAUCAAUAUGGUCCAUUUGCUCCGGUCACCGUGGCUAAAGCUGGUGUUGCUGAUCAGAAAGACACUAAGCGUGUCCACGAUUUGGAAAGUCUUGCCUCUGUUUAUCGCCCUCAGUAUCACAAUCAAGCUUUGAGAGAUCUGUUUGACCAUUAUACGGAAGCAUGGAGAUCUUGGUACUCAGAAGUAGCUGGGAAGUCACUUGAGCAGGUUUCCUGAUACAUUUAACCAACACCAAACAAUGGCCAUUCUUAGAGCUUGAAUCACAACAGCGGGAGUUUGCUUGUUAUCUACACAUUCGGAAGUCCAACACAAAAUAUCAGAUGGCUCAGAUGCAUUUUCUCAAUGCACCAAAUCAACAUGCCUAAUUUAGGGAGAGCUUGCACAACCCUUCGUUUGUUUCUUCACGGGACAAACAAGGGCGAAGCUAAAAAUUUGAAGGAUUGGGAAGAAACUCAACAUUGUAAAUGGAUUUGUUGUCAAAUUCCCAUGAGGUUAUUUGAGUGGAUUAAUGAUAUGCACCUUCAUGAGCCAUCAAAUGCGUCUUUGCUUACUAGGAAUUGCUCUUUCAACACUAAAGAAUAGCACUGUUUGCAGAAUGUUGGAAAAUGUCCCCGAGUAUGGGGAAUUUUUCUUAGUACAAUUGUGUAGAGCUAUACAACUCAUUGCAAAGAAAUUUGACAAGAUAGUUGCAAUGGAUUUGUGCUGUCUUUAUGCCGAAACUUACCACUGUGAACAUUCAACAUUUACUUGGUUGAAAAUCCAAGUCCAAAUUAAAUAUGAAUCUUGAUCACUUGAUUUAAUCUAAUGUGUU